GAUCUGAGAUAGGUCCCACCUGGGGUGAAAACAUGGGAAGACAUCAGGCUCUCCGUGGUGACGGCUCUCCUGUACUUGAUCCAGUGUGUGACAUGACCUGGGCUCCCAGCAUGACUGCAGUGUAGGAAUCCCUUUGAGAUGCUCAGGCACAGUGAGGUGUACACCAUUUCAGCAGAGAUGUCUGAUCUUUCCAUCUGCAUACCUGGAGUUGCUUUAUUCCCUGAAUGGUCUUUUCAGUGACCACUAAAGUCUUCUUGGGACUGAACACUGGAACAGAUGAGUUAAAUCCUUCUGGAAUGUUCUUCAUCAAAUGUAGAUGUACUGGACUUUCUGGAUGUGCCUAAGGACACAAAGACUGAAGAAGUCCUGAAGAUUGAUGGAGGGCCAUGCUAUUCAAACAGCAGGCGUUGCUCAGACAGAAGCUCUUUGUGCUAGGCAGCCUUGCUAUUGGAAGUCUCCUAUAUCUAGUUGCCAGAGUUGGGAGUUUGGAUAGACUGCAGCCCCUCUGCCCCAUUGAUGGUCGUUUUGGACCCCAUGGCCAGGACGAAAUCCCGUUGCGAGCCCUGCAGUUCAAGCGAGGUCUGCUCCAUGAAUUUCGAAAGGGCAAUGCCACCAAGGAACAAAUUCGACUGCACAAUCUGGUUCAGCAGCUUCCCAAGGCCAUUAUCAUUGGGGUGCGGAAAGGAGGCACCCGAGCACUACUGGAGAUGCUGAACCUUCACCCUGCAGUGGUCAAAGCUUCUCAAGAGAUUCACUUCUUUGACAAUGAUGAAAACUAUGCCAAGGGAAUUGAGUGGUAUCGGAAAAAAAUGCCUUUUUCUUACCCUCAUCAAAUAACAAUUGAGAAAAGCCCUGCGUAUUUUAUCACUGAGGAAGUACCUGAAAGGAUUUACAAAAUGAACUCAUCUAUCAAAUUAUUGAUCAUUGUCAGGGAACCUACCACCAGAGCUAUUUCUGAUUACACUCAGGUGCUGGAAGGCAAGGAAAGAAAGAACAAAACUUACUACAAAUUUGAGAAGCUGGCUAUUGAUCCUAAUACCUGCGAAGUGAACACUAAGUAUAAGGCAGUGAGAACCAGCAUCUACACAAAACAUCUGGAGAGGUGGUUAAAAUACUUCCCAAUCGAGCAAUUUCACAUCGUGGACGGAGACCGGCUCAUCACGGAGCCACUGCCAGAGCUCCAGCUGGUUGAGAAGUUCCUAAAUCUUCCUCCAAGGAUAAGUCAGUACAAUUUAUACUUCAAUGCCACCAGAGGGUUUUACUGCUUGCGAUUUAACAUUGUCUUUAACAAGUGCCUGGCGGGUAGCAAGGGACGCAUCCAUCCAGAGGUGGAUACCUCUGUCAUAACCAAAUUGCGCAAGUUCUUCCAUCCUUUUAAUCAAAAAUUUUACCAGAUCACGGGGAGGACAUUUAACUGGCCCUAAACUAAACUUCAUACAACAUUUUCUGUUGCACCUGAGGCAUGCAAUAGGAUGCCUCUGCUGAAAUAUGCACUUUUCAUUGAUACGGCUAGCAAAGUAACUUUUUUCAUGCAUAUGUGUACAUAAUGCAGUGUGUGACCAAAUAUAUGGUGGGAUCGAUUUUUUCUACAGAGUAGUAACUAACAUAAAUUUACUGUCAAUAUAGUUGCAUCUUUUAAGAUAUAAUAAUAAAGGGAAAGGAAGUAUUUAGGGAAACAGUCAGACAGUGUUAAAAGGGUCAGUGUUCCUCUUGCUUAGUGAGGUGUUUAUGUGACAUACUUAUUGAUCUAAGCAGAACAUUACUUUAUGCCAUAAAAAUUCUUGUCAAAAGUCUGUAAAGCUGUGAGAAAACAUAAUCUUGAAGCUAUGUUUGGUAUGUGUAUUGCUAAAGGAAUACUGACACUUUAAACACAGUGCUGCAUUUUUACGAGAGUGAAUAGUACUAUUUUCUUAUUAUUUUAAAUGAAUAUCUUAUCUCAUACAACCUACUUUGUUUUAGAGUUCCUGUGGUGAGUUUGCACUAUUGUUUUAUUGUAUGGACCAUAGUGUCACUUGUAGCAUGUCAAUCAUGUGUCAAGAAAAGGUCAAAUAAUUUUUUCUUCUAUACUUGUGUGUUGACAAAGCUAAAUAUAGUGUACAUAGUGUACAAUGUUUGUAAAUACUGGUUUCACACUAAGUAAUUCUAUUUUGUAAACUGAAUAUGGCUAUUUAAUUUAUUGUGAAAAUUAAAUUUAUUGUGGUAUUUAAAAAUGGAAUGGAUUAAAAUUACCUAUAUGUGCAAUGGCUUUUCACUUCUGCUUGAUCUAUGUCAGUGUGGUCCCUUAGCUUAGACAGAUCAUAUGUAUGUGUGAGAGAGAUUUGCUCAGGUAAGCUUGGUUUAUAGACAGUUUAAAAAGCUGAUACAUGUGGCAAAGCAGGGUUUAUUAAAAAGCUCAUCCUUCUAGGAAACUGGUGUAAUGUUCACCCCAAAGACAUUGCUGUUCCAUUGUGGCACUUUGCUAAAAUCAAUUCAGUUUCCCACGAGGCUAAAGCAUGACUGCAAAAGCCUACUGUAACCAGGUGUCCUGGGGUAUACUGAAAAAGCAGAGUCCUCAUUAAAACCAAAAAAAAAAAAACCAGACAGAUCAACAAAAUUAGAAGAAAAAUUUUGGUGAUUUCAUCACCAAAAGGUGGUGAUGCUUCAGAAGUCACAGAAGACAGUUGUGAUACCUUUGCUUUCAUCUGGUAAUGCAUGCAUGUGCUCUGAAGAAAACAACCACAAUAUUGUUAUUACUGGGAUAAACAUAUAGUUCGUACUUCCGUUCAAUAAGGUAAAAGAAAUUAGUUCAGGAAAUUAAUAUUUUUGUGCAUUAUAUGUUGUAUAGUUCUUAAAGAUUCAUAAGUAAAAACAAUUAAAGCAAAUAAAAAAAGUAUUUUAAAACAAGAAGGAAAAAAAAGAGAGAAGUGAAGUAAAAAAAAAGUCCCAACCACUUUAAAACCACUAUCUAGAGAUUGAUGGAGAGAGAAAUUUUGGAAGGUAUCCAGAACAUCUGAAUAUUCUGGGCUAUGGCAGCAGAGUGGCUGGUAGUUCAGAUUGUAAUAAGAUCAAGCGUUCCCCAUAGGCUGUUUAUUUUGUUCAGUGAUUUGGAAGCAUUGGUUUUACUAAAUAAGUGGUUUUAAAAACUCUUCUGAGAGACUGCUUCUUGUCUUGCUGUAUCUUUAAUCAUAUGUGCUAACACUGUGAGCAAUGUGCCCUUUCUUCAUGCUGCAUCGGAGUCGUGCCAGCACAACACCGCAGAGCAUAUGUGAAAUUCUCUGCAGUAGCUACAAUACAACUCACUGUUUUCCUGUAUAAGAGCCAUUUAUCUUGCCUACUUCCAGGCAAAAAGACAGAUAUUUAACUUGUCUAAUAGUGUUCCACAAGGAGGUUUUGUCCAAUUUAACUUUUUCAUGGUCUUUAUAUGGGCAGACAAAUUCCAGGCAGCUUUGGGUGAUACUUGGAUGAUACUUCAUAUAGUCCUGGCUACAAACUGACUGAAGGCUGAGAUGUAUUUUCAAUGAAAGGGACAAAUUAGCUAUAUCAAAGUUACCUCCAAGCACAAAAUAUGCAUUUGGAAUUAAUAUCUCUCUGCAUUGAUCAGAUGAGCCACAGAGACUGUGAUCUACCAGGCACGACUACGCACAUUCCUGUUAAAGUCAGCUGGCUUAACUCCAGCUUAUCAUUUGCAAUUUUGGAGAGAUGUGGAUAAAUUUAGGCUAUAUCUUAGACAAAUCUGGUUCAAAAAUGCAUGGAAGAAUAGUCAGGAACAGGAGGGGAGGAAAGAGGGUUCAAAGGCAUUAUAAAUUAUAUUAAGAGAACUAAAAGAGCAGGAGACUGAUUCACUAAGCCUUCAAUGCAAUGUUGCCAGGUCUAUUUGACAUAACCCAUUGAAGAGAAAAUUUCAAAACUGAUUCAUAAUACAUAGAUACAACACAUCACCCAAAGCAUUCUCCUAGGUUAGUGGUCAGUGCUCAUAACCAUUUUGUGAAGUCCUGACCUUAUGGUAUUUUCCUCUUCAGGAAUUUCUGAAUAAUUCACUUCACCGCUUUGCUUUGCUUCCCAAAUUUUGAGUGAAUCAUUUCUAUUCAAACUGGUCAUGAGUGCUCAGACUGGGAAGAACGUUCUUAUCUUGAGAUUAUGAUUUCAGAGUGAUAUGAAGUUGCAGCUGUUUAUUUGUGGCAGUUCUCUAAAGAUAUUGUAUCUCUCCUAUUUUCUGUACUCUAAAAAUUACAGGCUCACAGCUCUGGUAAAUGUUUGGAUUAAAACAGUUAAUAUUUCUCUGUAUUUUUAUCAGAUUGUGGCAGCUCUAUUUAAGAUACAUUUGAAGUAUAAAGGAUUGUCAGAGAUGAAUUUGAAAUUGUAUUUUCAGAAAUUAGUACAUAGGUAAAUAAAGGACUGAUAUUUGGAGAUCAGAGAUUCAUUUACCAUUAACCCACUAUACUGCACUUUCUUCAGGAAAGUGGAAGAGAUAUGAUGGAAAUGCAUAUAACUUAUGUUAAUGGAUUUUUCCCUUUCUGCCACGAUCUCUAAAAAUAAAAGAGACACACCAUUUUUAGCAACGUUUCAUUAUAAUAGUCCAAGGUUUUUGAAAGGCAAUGGCCACGAACUAAAAACACAGGACCACCAUCUGAACAUCAGGAAACACCUCUUUAUUGUGCAGGUAAAGCACUGGCAUGGAUUGCCCAGAGAAGUUGCAGUUUUUCCAUCACUGGAGAUAUUCAAAAGCACACUGUCCUGGUUUUGGGAGUCUCUGCUUGAGCAGUGGGAGUUGGAUUUCCCUUCCAAACUCAACUGUGCUGUGACCCUGUGAAAAAUCUCUCUAUACCAUUUAGUUCUUAUUAAGUACAGCCCAUUGGUUCAGUGUUGUACAGACCACAGAAAAAGGGGAACCCCAGUAUCACAGGCCAGUCCAGUUGAAACCCAGGGUAUGGAAGCACUACAGGACACAUAUUUACUCCCUGGAUAGCUGAUCUAACUCAUGCUGGAAGCCCAUUCAACUUACUGGAACCCUGUGACAGGAGAGAUUUUUUGUUAAUGACACUCCUACAGAUCACUGUUGCUAGUUUUAGUACAGACUGAGAAGACUACAGAGACCAGGAAGUUCACAGAGGACCGUUCUUCAUGAAGGGGAGGUCAGGAGUUGAAUGUUACAGGGACUGGUAUCUUUGCUUUCAUUUAAAAUGGGAUAAAAUGCUGUUCAUUCUUGUGUAAAAAUAACUUUAGAAACCAGGUGUGUAGAAGGAGCCUACAAUCCCAUGUCAGUUUCAGUCAACUCAGCUCAUGCCUGACAAGGUCCCAGUUUCCAUCCUCAUACAAUGUGCUCUUUUCCCACUCUUUUGUACUGCCUCUUAUGAUGACCUGCCCCUUCCAUGUGGAGCUACUUCAGUUCCCUAGGCAGGCAGAAGACUAACCUGUUUGAAAAGAUGAGUAAUGUCACUAAAACUGUUCUAGAUCAAAACAAACAUCUUUUCAAAACAGGAUCUGUCACUAGAAGUGGCCAUUAAUGCUUCAUGCAGGACAUUAAAAAAAAGAAAACAUGAAGACAUUUCCAUGCUCCAGUGGUUGGCAGUCACAGAAUGUCUCCAGUGGGAGAGAAUAGGCUUCAGAUGUAACAGCACUGAGUGCCUUGCUCUUCUUUGUACUUAGCCAGAAACACCUUGAAGAGGUGUUCCCAAGCAGUCCUCUAAGCUCUCUUAGAGGACUCAUCAUUUUGCUAGAAUAAAUGUGCAAAGUGAAUCAGAGAAAUUUGGGUAAUACCUUUAAAAUCUGAUUAAGUAUAAAGAUAUGGUAACAGAAGUUUUAUCUUUCUUCUUAACUCACUUUGAAAAUUCUGUGGAUUGUCUAAUAAGUUUCUUGAAAAAACACUUGCCACACUACUUGAAAAUCCCUGAGCAGGCUCGGUCCUCAGAUUUGUACGACUGUAGCAGCAGAAUAAAUAAUGCUAAAUGUCACGUUUGAAUGAGCUUGUUUGCAGAGAGAAGAACUUCAUGUAGAUUAUUAAAAGAUUAUUAAAAGUUA